UUGAAUCCACUAACAUUAUUAUUAACUAAUCAUUCAAUAAUACAUAAAUACACACACAUCACAUAACAAAGCCUUCUCAUCUUCUUCUUCAUCUUCCAUUUUCAAUCUCAAGAUGCACGCCAAGACCGACUCAGAGGUGACUAGUCUCUCAGCUUCAUCUCCAACUAGAUCUCCUCGUCGUCCAGCUUACUUCGUCCAAUCUCCAUCACGUGACUCUCACGAUGGAGAGAAGACAGCAACAUCGUUCCACUCAACACCUGUACUCACUAGCCCGAUGGGAUCUCCACCGCACUCUCACUCUUCCUCGAGCCGUUUCUCCAAGAUCAACGGCUCUAAACGCAAAGGCCAUGCUGGAGAGAAACAGUUUGCAAUGAUUGAAGAAGAAGGUCUUCUUGAUGAUGGAGACAGAAGACAAGAAGCUUUGCCUCGUCGUUGUUAUGUCUUAGCUUUUCUUGUUGGUUUCUCUUUGCUUUUCGCUUUCUUCUCUUUGAUUCUUUAUGCUGCUGCUAAACCUCAGAAACCUAAGAUCUUUGUUAAGAGUAUAACGUUUGAGCAACUUAAGGUUCAAGCUGGACAAGAUGCAGGAGGUAUAGGAACUGAUAUGAUCACUAUGAACGCGACCUUGAGAAUGUUGUACCGUAACACUGGUACAUUCUUUGGUGUUCAUGUCACGUCUUCUCCGAUUGAUCUUAGUUUUUCUCAGAUCACUAUUGGUUCUGGCACUAUUAAGAAGUUUUAUCAGUCAAGAAAAAGCCAAAGAACAGUGAUGGUGAAUGUAUUAGGAGACAAGACUCCUCUCUAUGGAAGUGGUUCAACCUUAGUCCCACCACCACCUCCUGCACCAAUUCCAACAAAGCCCAAGAAGAAGAAAGGACCCAUCGUGAUCGUCGAACCACCGGCGCCGCCUGCUCCGGUACCGAUGAGGCUAAACUUCACAGUAAGAUCUCGGGCUUAUGUGUUGGGGAAGUUAGUUCAACCAAAGUUCUAUAAGAGAAUCGUGUGUUUGAUUAAUUUCGAACACAAGAAACUUAGCAAACAUAUUCCACUAAUGAAUAAUUGCACUGUCACGUCUAUAUAAAAAGAACACAUGAAACUGCGAACGAUGUUUUAUAUUGGGUAGUGUGCUUAUACAUGUGACAAGGUAGUGCGUGUGGCCGGGCUACCCCAAAAAAUCAUCAAAUAUGGGUUUCAUGUAACUGAUAUGAGAGAUUUUUGUUAAUGAUACUACAGUAAACGAGAUGAUUCACUUUUUGUGUUUUUUUUUUCUUCUUUUCAUUUUGUUAUCUAAGGCAAAGUAUCAAUC